CCAAAAACCACUAGGAACUCACCGCAGCAUUCCAGGGCAGGAUUUGGAACACCUCAUAGGAACUAUCAGACACAUUGGCCUACCGUAAUACCCAAAAUCCCAUGACGGAUAACAAAGCAAACAUGGACUCAGAAAGCAUGUCAACUCCAACACCAACACUGCGAUCGGCCAUCAGUGUUCCCCGUCCUGGGGUUGUCCCAACAGCGGCACCCCGUACAAUCCCCGCAUCAGCACCGUCAACUGCAGCUCGUCAUGACACACGAGCAGCUGUAACCACACCGGCACCACCAGCGGAGCCUCAUCGCAUACGAUGCCCUCUUUGUCGCCGCCCCCAUCGACUGCAACAUUGUGGGCUCUUCAAGGGCAUGUCACCCAUCCAGCGGCAGCAGGUAGCACAGGCGCAUGGGCACUGCAACAAUUGUCUGGCACACACGCACGCGACUGAGGACUGUGACUCUGGGGCAUUGUGCCAAAUGUGUGGCAGGCAGCAUCACACGCUGCUCCACCGCACCCCAAGACGUGAGGUUGGUCGGCCACCUGCCACUCGCAGACCGCAGCAAUCCAGCCGUGUGCCACGACGCCGAAGACCGCCACCACCACCUGAGUCCCGUCUAUGGCGUCCGCGAAACGCAGUACCCAUCAGGCGCCAUCGUCAAAGGCCACACUACCGGCGCACGUCCGGACUUAGCAACGUUGUGGCAACGUUGCAACAACUCCAGCGAUUGCUAGGCUGAACAUUCGCCUAGGGGGGCCGGGAUGGCUAAAUGAGUUAAACGUUCCGCCCCCAUACACUACUACACCACACAACACACCACUCACAAGCAACACUGGCACAUACACCACACCUGAAGACAGCAGUUUCCCCACACACCACACAUUCAUUGGAAACAGCAAAAAACACCACA